AGAAGCUGAAGUUUAGCUCAGCUCAUCAAAGUAAUGCUGAGACGGCUGGCAGCUUUCAGGGGAGGACGGCAGCAUGCCACUGAUUGGAAUGUUAUAUAGAAGAGAUGAGCAGAUCCUUGUACUCUAGGUCGGUAUUGUGUUCAUCUUCCUCUCGGAGACACCGAGAGAGGGCCGCUUGUCCUCGUUCCUCCAGCGUUUAAUCGCUGCUUAGCUUUCAAACUGUUGGAGCUGGUGCUAGUCAAUCUGUUCUGAUUGGGUCGGCGCUCAACACCUACGGUGUGGUGCAAUUUAUUUUGCUUUGUGAGUGAGAGGGAAGGUGGUGCGAGUGAUUGAGGUGGGGAAGAGGGCGUGUGGUUGGGUUUCACAAAGUUUUUGUGAAGGUUGUGCUUCUGGGUGUGUUAGUUUGAGAGUGGGUCUCUUAGGACAUCUGCUGCACAGCUAUGGCGGAGAAUCAGGCGAGACUUCUGUUGCGGAAGCAGCUGAAAGAUUUGUCCAGAAAUCCAGUGGAUGGGUUCUCGGCAGGGCUUGUGGACGACUCCAGCGUGUUUGAAUGGAACGUGACCAUUAUCGGGCCGUGUGAGACUCUGUACGAGGGGGGUUUCUUCAACGCCAUCAUGAGUUUUCCUUCCGACUACCCCAACAGCCCGCCGUCUGUUCGGUUCACCUCCGAGAUGUGGCAUCCGAACGUGUACCCCGAUGGUCGUGUGUGUAUCUCAAUUCUUCAUGCUCCUGGGGAUGAUCCCAACGGCUAUGAGCUGGCCAGCGAGCGAUGGUCGCCCGUGCACACUGUGGAGACCAUAUUGAUCAGCAUCAUUGCCAUGCUUUCGAACCCGAACGACGAGUCUCCUGCGAAUGUUGAUGCAGCGAAGGAGUGGCGAGACCAGAGAAGUGAGUUCCAGCGCAAGGUGAGGAGGAUUGUGAGGCGCUCUCAGGAAUUUGCUUGAGACGGUAAUUGUCUUGGAGUGGCUGUGAGGCGAACAUCCCACAGAUCAUCGAGUGGCGUGCUGUGGCGUGGCGUAGUUCUAUCUUCACAUAGUCGUGGUAUGCAAAGUUCUAAAACAAUUUUGUUGGAGGACAUGUGAGAAUGUAUGGGCGUCAGCGGUAUAUUGUAAUGGAUUGAAAGGGUAGGGAAUCAACCCAUGUAAAGCUCAUUAUGCACAUGAAAGUUGGCGAAGACAAAACUAAAGAACACGGUUAAUACUGUGCAUAAUGCAGAUUAGGGGUUGCAGCUGACAUUGGGCAAGAUUUGUAAGGGGUGAAUAAACACAUAAUGAACAGUCCUGCUCUCUGCCUGUUCCAUACUCGCCAUUAUUUUCCAA